AUGAGAACGACCACGCCGUUGGAGGAGAGCGCGGCGGCGAUGCAGACGAGGGCGGCGUCGGUGCUGACGAGGGCCGCCAGGCCUUGGUUGGACAGGGCGGCGGCGCCGACGGUGGCCUCGCAGGGGGCAGGCCGCGACCAGAGUCUCAUAGGAGACGGCCAAGAAGUCGUACUCGCGGCUGCCGUCGGCUGGGACGGCCACGCUCAUGACAAGUAUGAGCAAUCUCUUGAUCUUUACCUGUUUGGGAGACCUGUCUCUUCAUACUGGGAACCGAUCUGGCAGGGCAAACCCCUAGUGCUGCAUGAUAAACAGCUAGUCUUGGCUACCGAAUACUUGGGCAGAUGUCACGAGGGUGAGGUUAUGGACUUGUCUGAGGAGAUCAAUGCUAUUCUGAACAAUCACCCUGGUCCAAUAGCAUACUUCAGGGUCGACUCUUCUACCUGGAAAGAUGCCAGGGGACAGUUGAUCAGUUGGGUCAAGAUCCUGUCUAAUAAGAGAGCUGAAGAAGUAGUGAUUAUUAAUUUGUCUCACAAAAGUGACCUUGCAUUCCCAAUUGAAGAUCUACAGAGCCCCAAUCUCAGAUGCUUGCGGCUUGCAUUUCUGAAGAUCCCUGAUCUUGAUCUAUUUGUCUUUGAUUAUUCAUCACUGCGUGAGCUCCAGUUGCUCUGCUGCUCUUAUGACGGCCGAAGAUUGUCAUGGGUGAUAAAUGAUUGCGCCUCGCUGCAACAUUUGAUCAUUGGGUUUUCUGUGGAGAACUUGAAAAUCAGUUCGAAGAGUUUAGUGACAUUACAACUAUUGCAAUGUACUGCAAGUUGGUUGGUAAUAGAUUCUGCACCAAACCUGUGGCUCCUAGCGACCGGAGUUAUGCCAAGAAGAGGAUAUGCUUCUGUUUCUAUUUCUCUUAAUGAUACUCCUUCAUUGAAACGAUUCACUUACCUACUGCUGCCUUUUCAUCAAGUCAAUGACUACAUCUAUUUGACCUCUGUUGAGAAUCUCAGGCUGGGGUUGAAUAUGGCAACUCGCGCUCAACGAUCUGGUCUUCGAAAAAUAUUGGAGUGCCUCCCAAUGCUAUCUCAUCUUGUUAUUUGGAGAAUGGAUGAAGUUGCUUCUGAUGAGUUGAUUGAUGUUGUUCUAGAUGGUUCCUUUGACGAUCUCAACAAUGUCACUUGUGUCGGAAUGCGUCUACGAUACUUUGAAAUUGAGGACUUCCGUGGAGGACCUGCAGAGCUAAACAUCGUCCGCAGCAUCCUAAGACAUGCAUUCCAUCUUGUGAAACUUAGUACUGAGCGCUGUAUCACGCGGUCCAGAGAAGAUUUUCGCAAGUAUUGCUUAAAACGUAAUUGUGAAAUGAAACAAAGGUUACAGCUUACAGUGUUUACCAUCAUUAAUUGA